AUGGGUGAGGCGGCUCCGGGUCACGCCGCCGCCAGGCCCGCUGCUUUCCCACUGCUGGGCGCCGGCAUGGUGGGCCCCGGGCCGCCCGGAGCUUCGGGCAGGACUGCAGCGUCGGCGGCGGCGGCGGCGGUCCCCCCGCUGCACAGCGCCAUAGUGGAGCGGCUGCGCGCGCGCAUCGAGCUGUGCCGGCGCCAUCACUCCACGUGUGAGCGGCGCUACGAGCGGGGACGCGCGGAGAGCUCGGAGCGCGAGCGGGAGAGCACCCUGCAGCUGCUGAGCCUCGUGCAGCAGGGCGGCACGGCCAGGAGGGGCAAGAGCGGCCGGGCGCUGGACCAGAGCAGGGGCAAUAACGAGCACAAGGGGCAAAGCGCAGGAGAGGCGGAGAGCAAAGCCAGCACCAGGAUCGCUCUUCAGGGUACACUCAGAAGAAAGAUUGAAGGACAGCCUCCUGGAUAUACUGCUAAGCAGAACGGCCUCUCCUGUGUGGGCACGGGCGCAGCACCAGACUUUAAGCGUCUUCGUAUGGAGACCGGCUCUCUUCGCCCCGGGCAUUGUGCGAUGACCUCAGGGCAGUCUCCAAGCUUAGCAGGGUCUGUAGCUCUGAGUCACACACUUCGACGGAAGGACCCUUUCAUGAUGCCCCACGAUGUAGGAAGUGAUCUGUUCAACAUGACUCUCAGAGAGAUGAAGAAAGAGCCCAUCGAUGUUCAGCCCUGCAGCCAGUCAUCAGCAGAUCCUAUGAUGGUGUUCGACUUCAAAGAAGAGGGUGGUGGACAGAUUGACCCUGAACUUCAGGAUCUGUUUGAUGAGCUUACCAAGUCAGUGCCACCACUCAAUGACCUGGAACUGGAAAAGAUGCUGAAGCAAGAUGAUGACUUUGGUUUAGAUCUGGGUCGCCCCAGCUCAGCAGGCGCAGCCCAUCCCUGCCCACACUUAGAUAAACCGAUCAAAACGAAGUACUCGCCUGAUUAUGGCCAGGCUUCAGGAAGCUCUCCACAACUUAGGCCAGCAUCUGCUGGACCUUCGUUCACUGCUUUAUCAACAUCUCCCAUUGGGCAAAUGACCCAUAGUCAUGUAUCAUCAGGAACGCCUUCUAGAGGUCUGCCCCCCUGGCCUGAGAUGUCCCACGCUGAGCAGCUAAAGCAAAUGGCAGCCAACCAACAACAACCCAGCUCUCUCCUCCACCACCAGCAACAGCAGAGCCAAGCUGGAGGGGUUAGAAACUGGUCCUCUGCCAUAGGAGGGCACCCCAAUUCCAGCUGCUUUGGUCAGGAACCAGUCGCCAGCUCUGGUUCCCUCAGCCAGCCAAGAAUCAGCCCUCAGAGUGCGGGUCAAAGCAAAGGAAUGCCCAACUGCCUCUUCAAGCCUGGUGGAUACAAUCCAACAAAUCCCACAGACAUGAAGGUUCUCAGCAGUAAACCCAUGCUGCAUUUUACCCCUAAAACAGCAUCAUCCACAACUAGCCAGCAAAUGCCCCACAUGGCCGGGUCACAGAGCAAACUGACCACUCAACAGCAAUCGUCUACAGGAGGUCAGAGAAUGCAGUUUCAGUUGUCAUCAUCAUGUCUACAGCCCAAACCUCUGAGCCAGAGGCCUCCUCUCAACCAGCACGGUCUAGGAAUUAAUCUGAAAAUGACUCAAAGACAGGCAAUGGCACCAGGACCACGUUUAUCAGCAAAUGGUUGUCUGGCUGGUAUUGGGCAACCCCAACAGCAGCGGCCACCUGCUCCCAACACUCAGCAGAAAAAUACAGGCAAAAGCCAGAGACAACUGAGCCAACCUCAGCACCACACCAACGAUACAGAGAAAUUCAGCACACAAGAUCAGUUUAACCGGCAUUUGACAAGGCCUCCACCUGACUACAAACAACCACAAGGUGUAGCUGGAGUACAUUCAACCCUUUAUCCAGGUCUGGCAUCUUCUCCACUGACCAAUAACGGCUCUGAUCAGAGUGACAUUCCGUCCCUCUCAUGCCAUUUACCCAACGGCCAAGGAGCGAAAAUGGUGCCCAAUUCUGGAGACAGAAGGUUCCAUACUAGAUCAGACCCUGCAGAAGUCCAAACAUGUGCAAGCCAACUGCACCAGCAAGCUAACAACCAGGUCCAAAUUGGAAUGCAUCAGAACAAACCACAGUUCCAGGGAGCGAACACCCAGGUUGUUACUUUUCCAUCAGGUGUUGUCCCAACUACGCAACACGUAAGGACCAGUUCAGCAAGCCAAGACGCUAUCCUUGGCCAAGGACUGGUUGGACUGACCACAACCGCAAGUAGGGAGACUGGCUUGAGUUGGGUAAGUGCUACAAAACAAAAUGGCGGACUUCAAGGACUAGAUGUAAAGAGACAAACUGAUGGUCACUUCCCAACAAGGCCUAUUGGUCCACCAAAUCAGGUGGCACCUCAUUCUGGACUAAUCACCUUAAACCCUGCCAUUAGGGGCUCUGCACCCAGACCUACCCAGCCACACAUAACCCCGCUUCCUGGGGUUAGCAGCCUGAACCAGUCCUCUCCAGAACAGCAGGGGUGCAUAAGCACGUUCAUAAGCACGGCGCAAAGCCCAGGAACUUACCAGAACAGCCGGGUAGGCCGGCUGACGUUUGAUUUCCUGCAGGAUGGGGAUAACACGGUACCAGGGAUCAAUGCAGACUCAGACUUCAUUGAUUCUUUGCUCAAGUCGGGUUCAGGCAAUGAUGACUGGAUGAAAGACAUUAACCUAGAAGAGAUUCUGGGUGGUCACUCAUGAGCAGACUUAGUAGCACAGGUGAGAAAACUGACGUCACUAUUUUGCUAUUUCACUAUGACGUUUAGUAAAUGAGGUUUUUUGAAAAGCCUGAAGUAAGGGACUGACUUUGUAAAUAUGAGAUUUCAUAAAGCUAUUAUUCUGGUUAACUAUCCUAUUAUUCUGCCGUAUUUGUAUUUAUGUGGACAACUGAUGUAUUACAGGUGUCAUUAUCCUUAGACUUAGCUUUUAUCAUGUUAUCUAGUUCUACUGUCACAGUAUUUAUGGUCUUGAUAGUAUGUUAUGUAGCUACACUUUGUAAACCCUUGCAAUUCAAUGAGCACUGUAGAGUCCUGUCAAUACUAGAGGAUGGGGAGCUAUACAAAGGUGACAAAUCAGCCAUUUUGUAUCAUAUCCUCUUUGUGAUCGUCAGCAUUGCUGUAGUGUGGCACAAUGCAGCAAGCUGGCUACUUGCUCUGUUGCUUUUAGGGCUCCAUCCUUGUGACAUACUUACUGUACAUUUUGAAUGUGUAAACUUCAUCGGAAGAGAGGUGCCAGGCAUUGGAAAAAGAUUUGCGAUCACUGAUUUAUGAGACAUAGGUCUCACAGCAAGCAUACAAUAUGAUGGUGUACUGGUAAGCUACAGUACUGUGUGAAAGAAAUAGACUAGGACUUUGUUUAUUUAAUAUUCCAGUGAAAACAGCUAUUAAGUACAAGUUAUUACUUUUCCAGGAGCUAUAUCUAGGGAGAUUAGAUAUAAGAUAAUCCACUUGCAUGACGAAAGGGGGUAGUCAAAUGAAAAUAAAUGAGGAAAAAAAAAUGUUUUGACUGGAAAUUAAAUAAAUGAAGGGCUGACCUUUUGCUCAGCACUGUACUGUCUGUGAUAAUUUCCCAUACUAUAAGACCUUUGUGCAAGUCUAAAUUAGUAUGUGUUAAAGCCCUAUUGGGAAGUGCCAAAAUUGCACCAGGAUUUUCUCUGGGCUGAUAUCAAAGUCAACUUUAAUAUACAUUUGUUCACUUUCAAAUAUUAAAAAAAAGACAAAAAGACUUAUUUAGUGAAAUACAGAUUCAUAUCUAGAUUGAUGAUAUAGCCUAACAUUACGUUAAACCUUUUAUCUCACAUUCAGACUUUAACAUUUUACAGAAUUAAUUGGCCUGUGCUCAGUUAAUUGUUAAAAUGGUCUUGAACUUGGUUUGAAAGGACCUCUUGCUAAUAUUGUAUUUAUAAAUCUGUUUAUUUUGCCUUAUUUUUUCUAUGACUAGCCUUUUCUAUAAUGUUCUAUAAAGCUGUAAUAAAUGUGUAUAUCUCUCGAUGUCAAGUUAGCCUUUGGAUACUGAUAAUUACAAUAAACUAUAGUUAUGCAAA